AUGGUGACUAACGAUAUAGCGCUUGUUAUGAACAAAGUAGAUACCUACAAACUCAAGACCCCAUUAAUCGACUCGACCAAGCGUGGAGCAAUCGCUGCCGGGAUCGGAAUCGUCCAGCUCGGAACCGGCAGUAUCGUCAACCCUCAUGAAUCUACUGGCAGCAAAGCUGCUACCCCGACCUCCACAUCCUCCUCUCCUGCACCCAGCACAAGAGACCUGUCUACUUUGACUCCUGACAACUCUCCACCUUACUCUGCGGCAAGCUCUCCUGUUCCCGGGGAGAAGAGUCUGUCAGGCGUCCCUACACCCGCAAGAUCCUCCCUUGUUCCUUCAGAAACAUCCUUGCCAAGUGCGCACGUCGCAGCCACCCCCUCUGUUUCCUCUGAGACCCCUAUUCCCGCUGCCGACACUCCUGUUGCCUCCAAGACACCUUCUCCGGAUGCCAGCACCCCUGCCGUCUCCAAGACUUCUACCUCGGCUGGCGGUGGUUUAUUCUCCAAGUUCAGGAGUAAGCCAACCCCAUCACCGGCUCCCGAGGAGAAGAACUGGCCAAAGGUUUUCCCAGACAAAGUAAUCCCUCCACUGUUCACAACCCAAAUUCCAAUACGCGGCAAUCGUAUCGAGAGUACAGCGCAGCUCGCCUACACCAAUAUUUUGCUCCGAAGAUACGUUGCGCCUCACUCGGACGAAGCCGGAGACGUCGACAGGCCUUUGCCUCUCGACCCUCCUCAGCAGGCUUUGCUGGACGCCAUCCUGAAGGAAGAGGAAGAGUUGACGCAUAUCCGUUACCUUUCUACACGAGUCGUCGAGGAGUUUGCAAUGGAUGCCCUCAAGACCACGGAGACAAUCUCGGAGGUCGUCCUUCUUGGCCCUGCUCUCGAACUGGAGUACCACCGCAAAUUGACCAACGUCCUGAUCGGCGAGUUCCAGAAGGCUCCUUUGACGGAUAUAGCUCUGUUGGAGGGUUUGGUGGAGAUGGUCGAGUGUGCAGGAACGGGAUAUCUCCUCUCCGACGACCUUGUCAAGGUCCUUGUUGUCCUUCGUCAACGCCUGGUAACGACCCACAAACAGUCCUCCAAGUAUCCCUACCAUCUCGUACUGGCCCUUUCUCGUCUGCUUGAUGUCAUGGUGGGGAACAAGGUCGUGGGUGUGAGUCGUGAAGCCGACCACGAACCUUUGCAGGAGCUCUUGGUUGGGAUGAUGGAGAGCGACGACAUAUAUCUCAAGCACCAGGCCGCCUACGCCUUCCAGGCUCUGAUGCACAUCCCGAACGAUGAGUCUACAAAGGAUCGUGUAUUGCGAAAUGCCACCACCAUUGUCCAGGGAAUCGUUGGUGUUGCCAGUGUCGUCAACCUGAAUUUCGAAGGAUUCGCCGGCGGCAUUGGUAACUUCUACGAGGCCGCCGUCGGUUUCAUCGAGAUUGCCGACAAGGUUUACUCUGGAGCUAAGUCAGUCAGGGAUGGCGGAGAGGGCCUCUUGGCGAGCCUUAAGACAGGCUUGAAAUCUCGUGGACGAAUCGUCUGGUACAUGGCCCUGCGUGAAGCCAAAGAGCACAUCCAGCACGGCCGCCUUGAUGAGUUCAACGAUUUUGUCUUCAAGUUCCCCCUCUUUCGAAACGUUGAGUUCCAAUGGGGGAUCUGUCUGUACCUUGGCGAGAUUGCGAUCAACCCACUCUGGGACUUGGAGUCGCGUGAACACGCCGUCGAGUUCCUUGGAAUGGUUUACGAGGACCCAUUGUUCACUCCUAAAAAGCCAGAUCCAACACUCUACAGCUGGAUCUUGAACGUCCUCCGCCAGGUUUCCGAGUUGCGAGACGAGGUUAUCGCUACCCACGCCAACCACGCCCACUCAUCGAACAAGGACGUCGCCAGCCAUGCUCAGUUGUUGCUCAAGAACUUGGCGGGUGUCGGUGAUGACGACAGACAGAAGCUUUACACCGAGACCACGCAAGGAGACCCGAAUCAGUUCCCAAUCAAGAUCCGCCUCACCCCUCCGGCGUCUUUCCCUCUGCUCACCAAGGUCCACAAUAUUCCCAAUGUCGAGUUUGAGCUGAACAAUGUGAGGAAGCAACGACUCGUAAGCACCAUCAAUCAUUUGUAUAUCCCGCCGCAGGCCAAGCCCAGUCUCCAAUCGACUGACGACGAGGCGUUGUUCCCGCUGAUGGAGAAGGCUCAGGAAUUCCUCAAGGGUCCAAAUGAGGUGCUGCUGCUGCUGGGAGACUCUGGUGCCGGAAAAUCGACUUUCAACCUGCAGCUGGAGCGCGCUUUGUGGCAGUCUUACAAGAAGUAUGGCCCUAUCCCUCUUUACAUCAACCUUCCGGAUAUCGAAAAACCAGACCAGGAACUGAUCGCCAAGCACCUGAGGAAACUCAACUUCAAGGACCCCCAGAUCCGCGAGAUGAAGCUGCACCGCCGUUUUGUGGUCAUCUGCGAUGGAUACGACGAGAGUCAGCUCAAGACCAACCUUCAUACCACCAACAAGUGGAACCAGCCUGCACAGUGGAAGGUCCAAGUUGUCAUCAGCUGUCGUGGCCAGUACGUGGGCGCGGAUUAUCGCGCCCGGUUCCAACCUCAGGGCGACCGAUACAGUACCGCCCGUAACGUGGACGCGAACGAGCUGAUGGAGGAGGCCGCCUUUGCAGCGUUCAACAUGGCGCAAGUCGAGCAGUAUGUCGAGCAAUAUACCCUGAACCCGUCAAUGGCCAAUACUCAUGCCGACCAGCCGAUGUGGACCAAGGAUGACUAUAUGGACAAGUUGCGCAGAAUCCCCAACCUGAUGGACCUUGUCUCGAACCCCUUCCUUCUGAAGUUGUCUCUGGAUGCUCUCCCUGAGGUCGUCAAAUCCAAGUCGGACCUCUUGGAGAUCCAAAUCACCCGGGUCGAGCUUUACGACAGUUUCGUUAAUCGGUGGCUGGAUAUCAACAAUUCGAGACUGGACAUCAACACCCUGAGCCUGGACGAACAAGAUGAGCUGAUCGCCCUCAGAGAUGCUGGAUUUGUUCUGGAGGGUCUCGACUUUCAACAGCGACUCGCCAAGGCGAUCUUCAUGAAUCAAGACGGACACCCUGUCGUCAACUAUACUUAUCUUCGCGCCAGAGGUGCCAGGACCCAGGCCAAGGACUGGAAGACCGAAUUCUUUGGCCCUGGUGCGAAUUCCAAGUUGCUCCGCGAUGCCAGUACCCUCACCAAGACCAACAACAAUUACCGAUUCAUUCACCGGUCCCUCUUGGAGUACUUCUACUCAAGAACUUUCUACGACCCUUCUCGCCAUAAACCCAGCCCAAGCCCCAGCGACUACGAGAAUGACGAGGAUGACGAGUAUUCAAAGGAGCCACUAACGACUAAGGAGUUGCAGGAUGAACUAGGCAACAGGAGCAUCAUCAACGAGCCUUCGGUGAUGCAGUUCUUGGCCGAGCGUGUGAAACUGGACUCUGUCUUCAGGGAUCAGCUGGACUCUAUCAUCCAUGCAUCCAAGACGGACGCCAAGGCAGGCGUUGCGGCCGCAAAUGCGAUCACCAUUUUGAUCAGGGCUGAGCUCCAGUUCAACGGCUCCGAUUUCCGCGGCAUCAGGAUCCCCGGUGCCGAUCUUCGUGGCGGAGAGUUUGAUUCUGCAAACCUCGAGGGCGCCGAUCUGACCAAGGUGAAUCUGAGCAAGGCAUGGAUGCGACGAGCGAACUUGAGCAGGGCCAUCAUGACUGACGUCCAGUUUGGAGAGCUUCCGUUCCUGAGAGCCGCCAACUCGGAGGGGGUGCAUCAACUUGCCUGGUCGUUCGACGGAAGUCUCCUUGUUACUUUGACGGGACAAGACACCGUCGGUACCGCUGUCACUGUCUACACCGCUGAAACAUGGGAAAAUGUCAUUUCCUACCCAGGCAGGGAUUCCAUUGCCACUUCGCCCACCAGUCUGGAACUUGCCGUCGGACAGGAGAACCAUGUCGUGCGACUGGCCGACAUCCAGACAGGCCGAGCACGACUCGACUUGGUCGGUCACACCUCCACGGUGACCUGUAUUGCGUUCUCGCCCAAUGGGAAACUGAUUGUCGCCGGAAGCGCUUCCGAGGAAAUUAGGAUCUGGUCAACCGCCGAUGGCAAGAGCGUCCAUGUCCUGAGCGGUCCUUCGUUCCCUGUCAGGGGCCUUGUAUUUUCUCCCAACAACCUCCAGUUCGUCUCGUGUGGAACUGCUGGUGCACCCCAGGUCUGGGAUGUGCAGUCUGGCGAAAAGCUCCUUAACCUGGUGGGUCAUACCGGCGCUGUGGAAUCCGUGGUCUACUCCAAGGAUGGUCUUCAGAUCGCAACCGCUGGCGUCGACAAGGACGUCCGGCUCUGGGAUGCGCGCUCUGGCAAUACCUCCAAAACCCUGUCUGGACAUCAUAAUGCCGUUGUUGGUGUGGUCUACUCCCCUGACGGCAAACUCCUUGCCUCCUGCAGUUCUGACCAUACCAUCCGCCUGUGGAAUCCCAGCAACGGCCGUGCUCGCAACACUCUCUUUGGUCACAUCCUCGAAGUCCGCUGCAUUGCCUUCUCGCCAAACGACAAGUACAUUGCCUCUGGAGGACUGGAUGGAACGAUUCGUCUCUGGGGUGCCGGGAGCGGAAUGAUCGAUGCUUAUCCAGACAAUGUUGCGGCCAAGCUGGUCUGUGUCGACGUUUCACCCAACGGCAAGUAUAUCGUGACCGGCAACAGCAAGGGCGUCGGACAACUCUGGUUGACAUCCACAGGAAAGCAAGUGGUCAAGUUGGAGAAGAAUGGUCACUCCAUGGAGAUUACCGAGGUCGCCUUCUCGCCGUGCGGUCAAAGGAUUGUUACCGCUAGUCUGGAUAAUACCGUUCGAUUUUGGAAUGCAUUGACGGGAGUCGCCGAAUCUAUCGUCAUCAGCCAACCCCGCGCCAUCACCUGUCUCUCCUUCUCGCCCGAUGGCACCCAGCUCGUCACAUCGGGCCACGAUAAGAUCGUUCGAACCUGGGACGCCUACACCGGCAAGCCUGUCCAUGUCCUUGAGGGCCACAAGGGCUGGGUCUCGAAGGUGCCCUUCUCCCCUCGCGGUCACCAAGUUGCCUCCUGUAGUGAUGACGGUUCCGUGCGCGUCUGGGACCCCAAGAAGGGUGAAAAUCUGUUGAGCCUGGCACAUGAUCUCGACAGAGUGAACCAAAUCAACGAGAACCAAGUCAAGGUCGACCAGGUCAUUUAUGAUCCCAACAACGAGUCGCUCAUCUCUGUCGUCCUCGGCGAGCGACCCUUCUGCUGGGAUUCGACGACUGGAGCGCGCAUUGAGAUGGAUGGGGUGGAUGCCAAGGUCACACGGUGCUCGUUCACACCCGACGGCAAGAUCUUCGCCGCCGCCUGUAAGGAUGGUGUCCUCCGACUAUGGGACCGCUCGUCCGAGACUGGCAAAUGGACCAAUGUGCUCCAGACCAUGAUCGGCGCCUCGUCCUGGAUGAAGUGGACCAAAGCACCCAAGCGCCUCAACUUGACCACUCUCGACAAGACCGGAAACCUGUGCAUCUGGGAACUCAAGGAAGAGAACGGAGUCUACUCGUUGCAGCUCGACUGGUGCUCUGGAUACGAGGAGCUUUCGUUGGUUGAGGCAAACUUGGAGGGUAUUGUUGGGUUGUCGGAGGCGAAUAUGCAGUUGAUGGCGCAGCGUUCCACAAUCCAAGCAAACUUUGAGUAA